AUGGAGCUAAAAAGUGCCAAACUGAGCAUUCGCCUUGAAGAUCGAAAAACCAAGAAGCAAUGGUUCAAGGGUGGAAUGGUAAUAACUGAUUAUGUGUCGGCUGCGAACGCAAUACCAACAGCACAUGUGGCCGACUACGUUAAGUGUUUCCAAGAAGCAUUGGACAGCGAUAUUGCUGAAACAAAUGAUGCGAAACGAAGUCUGGUCGCUUUAGCAUUAGGAUCUUUUCGGCUGGAGUUGGAUCUCACAAUUCACGUGUUCCGUUCGACGUGGAAGGCAAAAUACACGUUUGACAUAGAUCCUGUGUCAGUAAAUCAGAUUGACUUGUUGGAAUCCAACCUACGUGAUCAGCAGGACGAGAUCGAGAAGCUAAAAAUUGGGGAAAACCCAUCGUAUAUAAAGCUCACAACCACAACCAAGCAGAGUAACUCUAUUUUAUGUUGGAAUCAUGCGCAUUCGACGGAAUUUGAAUCAAACGGCCUUGAUGGAGCAAUCAAGAUCCGACGAAAAGGUGUUUACAUAAUUAGAGCUAUUGUCAAUGCAGUGUCGGGUGCCAAUCUAAGAAUACAGCUGAUGAAGAAUAAAAGUUUUAUUCAGGCAGUGACUACCGGUUAUUAUUCAGGGCUCGGCGGCUCAACUGGCGUAAAAGUCUUCGUGACAAAAAAUCUUUCGACUUCGCUGCCACUAAGUGUUUUGAAUGCACCCCUACAUUGA